CUGUGACAACUUCCUGUAGUCGUACAGCGUGUCUUACAUACAUGCGUACAAACACUUAUGUGCAAUUUAAGAAGUUGUUUUGUUUACACGCUUACAUUCCAAGUUAUAGACUAACAGACGUCACCGCGUCGGAGAGUUGAGUCCCGACACAGCAAACCUUCACUGCUUUCUUCUGACCGUCAGUACGGACACAUGACCGUUUGAGGCUUUAGAUGGAUAAAGACACAGACAGUGGUCCCGGCCAGAAGAAUGAUGUGGAACAUAUGAACAAUGACGUCACAGCCAUGAACAGUGACAUCACAGACACGAAUAUUGACAUCAUAGACAUGAACAGUGACAUCACAGGCAUAAAUAAUGUCAUCGCAGACACGAAUAAUGACAUAACAGACACGACCAGUGAAAACACUGGCAUGAAGAAUGACAUAGACACGAAUAAUAAGAUCACAGAUACGAACAAUGAUGUCACAGACAUGAACAGUGAAAACACUGGCAUGAAUAUUGACAUCACAGACCUGACCGGUGACAUCAUUACAGCUGUGUCAUCAGAAAGCAGACAAAUAACUGAAAAGGAGCAAGAUGGCACAUCAGCGCCCCCUGUCCACUCUGUGCGUCGCACUGAAGUUGACUCAGAAGGCUCUGACAGUGACAGCUCUGACAGCUCCUCAUCUUCCUCUUCAUCCCCUGCUCUAGUGUUUGGAGGUGAUGAAGAUGAUGAUGAAGGUUACAGCCAACGUGCUCCAGUGAGGACCAGAGAUGAAGUUCUGCUAGAGGAGCUGCCUGCUGUGGAAGAUGUUUGUAUUUCUUUACCAGAUGAUGUAGAACUGAAGCCUGUGGGAACAAUCAGUGGCAUCAUAAAACAGCUGGUCAUUGUUCAGUCUCUCAAGGACACGCCCCCUCUCAGUGAUGACAGCAUCAUCUUCACAGCUGAUAGGGUGGCUGUGGGAAAGGUCUUCGAGGUCUUCGGCCCAGUGUCCAGUCCACUCUACAUUCUCCGAGUCGGUUCGUUGGAGCAGCUGAGCAGCAGAGGUUUGACUGAAGGUCUGACUCUUUACUACGCUCCAGAAAACGAAGCGUUGACGGUAUACGUCCUGACGCAGCAGCUGAAACUUCUUAAAGGGUCUGAUGCUUCGUGGAAAAACGACCAAGAACCACCAGAGGAGGCAUUAGAUUUCAGUGAUGAUGAGAAAGAGAAGGAAGCCAAAACAAAGGCGAAGAAGAAGAGACGACCAGACAACAACACCACAGGUAAUCCGGCUCAUAUCACCCACAAAACCUUUCAGCAGCAACAGCAGCAACAUCCUGACGUCAGGACUUUCUCGCCGCGACACUCGGCGUCUUUACAACAUAAUCAGAGGAACUACGGGGGCAAACAGCCAACGUAUGGACAUGCCUUCCACCACCAGAUGCCGCCCACAUGUCUGCCUCCUCCCUGUCCUUACCCUCCUCCCAUGUUUCCUCCCCCUGCCUACAAUCUCUACCCUCCUCCUCCAGGAGCUGCACCGUCUUUCUUCCACCCCUCCUGGGCCACACCCGCUCCCUUUCCUCCUCACUUUUGGCACCCUUACACUGACGUCUCUUCUGCUCCUCCCCCACCCCCUCCUCCUCCUCCACCUCAGUAGUGAAAGCUUCUACUGCUCCUUCUUCAUUUCCUCUUGUUCCUCUACAGUGAUAAAAAUUCCUCCUUCUUGUUCACAUCCUCCUUUAGGGUUUCCUCCAGCUACCCACCUUUUAUUUAACGUUUAAAAUUUUUAUUUGCUUGUUUCUUACCGGGCCAGCUGGUAACCAGUAAAGAGUAAGAGACCUACUUUAUUUUACUUUAUAAGUUGUGAUGUCAUCUUAUAUUUUUGACUAUUUUUUUUUUUAGGAUUGAAAAAUCUGAAUUGUGAAUUGCCAGUGAAGUGCCACUCCACUGUUCUUCGAUGAAUAACUUGUGCUAACCGCUACUCUGUUUGGACAAUGAAAGUAGUUCUAUUUUGUGGUAAUAGUUCAGAGUACAAGAGGAUCAAGUACUCCGCCUGCACCGUGGUCUGUGAUGGCCUUCACCGAUCAUAGAAAUGUAAACUAUUUUCUGUACAGUUUCUGUCCCUGCUGUUAUUUGUUAAUUUUUUCAUCAUUGCAAAACGUUUCCUUCUCUUCCCUCUAGGGAUCAAUAAAGUGUUUAUUGAAUGUGA